CAGUCUGUUUCCUCUUGUGUUUGUUUACGUCAGAUAAGCCGUGCAGUUACUAAGAGUGACACAGAAACAUUAGGAGGUAUGUGUACACAGUUGGAAGUCUCAUUCCAUUAACAGAUUGAGAACUGAACCAAAGCUGCUCAGAACGAACAUGUCUUGAAAAUGAACAGACAAGAUUUGCUCACACAAGAUCUUCCCAUUGCUCAACUGCGAUCGAAAGCCACCUCACGAAGGCAGGUUCUGACUGGCUCCUCAUGUUGAAGACUGUACCACUGACACUCAUCAAUGCAGAAGCAGAUGGACAAUUGAUAGACCACAGAUGCCCAGCAGAUAUGGCCCUACAGUACUCGUGGUCAACCUUGUGGAAGAUUCUCAACGGGGUGUUAAACUGGUGGAGAAUGAUGUUGGUGCCCAAGAUGAAGCCCAAAAUCGAGUCUUUCUCCUACUGGACAUCAAGAGUUGAGUUUCAGGAGCCAAUUCCAUCCUCAACGAAUGGAGAACUGUGUGCAAGCCUCAGGGUCCGCACAGGCCCUCCGCAUGGACAGAUAGAUGGGAUUAUUCAGAAAUUCAUUCGACUUCAAGAAGAGAGUAAAGAGUCUACACAGAGAAUCGCGAUGAUUGAAAAGGACAUUGAGUAUAUUAAAUUGGAACUAGCCAAGAUGCAGACAGAGUGGCAACACAGACAGCAACAGGCACUAACAGAAUGGAGUGAGACUGAGGGGCAGCCUUAUGAGGAGAUCAGUGAGGAGGUAAUGCAAACCGUGGAUGUGGAUCUUCCUCGGAAGUACAAGAUGCUGAAAGAAACCACCCAGGCCCAAAACGUCACCUGCCGACAGAGGAAAGAUUAUUCCAUGCGUGAUGAAGUGGACUACCCAUGCAAUUUCCUGCCACAGUUUGAUGACAGUGGUCAGACGGAGCUGAUGUCGUUUACAGGCGAGCACUGUGAUAGGGAGUGUGUAUCUUCCCUGCCCUUCUGCAGCCUUGCCGAUGGAGCCAGCCGCCUCACCUCUGUGACAAGCUACACCUCCUACAGACGUGGACCUCUUCUCUACAGUUAUGUUGCCAAUGGAACGCAAACUAAAGAACGGCUGGAUAAACAUCCAUUGAAGGUGGAUGUCAGAAGAGACCAACCCUUGAAAGCAUACGCACCACGCUCGAUCUUGGAUCUAAAGAUUGGGCACAAAGUGAAGGUUAUAUUGCCGAUUGGCAAGGUUGGAACGGGUGUGUUGAAGUAUAUGGGUGCAUUGCCCGGUGUGCCAGAGGUCUGUUUCGGAGUAGAGCUGGAGGUUCCUGGCAACGGCCUGCGUAAUGGAGUUUUUGCAGGGUGCUGUUACUUCCAAUGCAAACCAGGCCAAGGCGUCUUUGUCAACUUUAGCAAAAUAUUGAUGAUCUACGAAUAAAAAUUGUUCCCUAAAAGAAAACGGCUUCUAUUUAUUGAUGUAGUUAAGGUAACAUUACAUUAUCAACGGUAAAAAUCCAGCCACAGUCCAAUCCAGCUGAGUUUAGUUUAUUAUCACAUGUACCGAGGUACAAUGAGAAACUUUUGUUAUGGCAAGAUAUGAAACCUAGUGAUCGACUAAGCAAGAACUGUCGGGAAAGCACCAGAAACAUGUUACAUGUUGGCUUCAUAAUGCCCACUUCCAGUCUAACUGGAAAACUCUGCAGUUCCUAUCCACCCAUUUCUUCUCUCCAGAGAUGCUACCUGUCCCGCUGAGUUACUCCAGCAUUUUGUGUCUAUCUUCAAUUUAAACCAGCAUCUGCAGUUCCUUCCUGCACACAAAGUCUGCUUCUGUUUCUGCUUUAAAGUCCAUUGCGAAUAAGUAUGUAGCUUCUAAAUUGAUGGUAUUGUCUCUUUCUGGCCUUUCAUUUGGGAAAUGUUUCUUUUCAAAGUUUCAUGCUUGGUGUACAGUCUGUUUAUUUUGUGAUCCAAUGCAUGGAAAUUUACUGUUUCUCAUUCUCAUUGAUUAGUACGGUGUCAGGGGUUAUGGGGAGAAGGCACAAAAAUGGGAUCAGGAG